AAUGAGGGAAGCACUGUGUCCUAAUUAAGCUGUUUGCUACAAGCAAAGCUCAGCUUCUCAAAUUGCUGUCAGAGCAGUUAGCAAAUGUGGGAGGCUGGUCUCCGGUGUGGCUGUACUGGUGGAAGGAAACCAGACGGUCUUGAUUUUUCCUUACAAAGCUGUUGACCGGUUGGGGGGGGGAAUGGUCUAAGGAGACACGGAAGAAGGAUCCGGGGAGUGAGCAGUAGGGGAGCAGAGGGUUGUGGCGAGGCAGGACCCACCGUGAUGGAGCCAGUCUCCCGGGCGUGCAGGCACAGCUCCCCUUGGGGAUGCUCAGCCCCCUCCCAAACCCCGUGGCUUGCCUUCCCCGGGGAGGUGUUUGAAGGUUUCAUUUGAUUCGCACAUCCUGCAUAAAGCAGGCAGCUCUGCUGAAAGUAAACAUUUCCUUCAACUCCAGCCAGGCGGACGAGGUCUGGAGCUGCCUGCAGCUCUGGGCAGGACCCCGGGGGAAGGCAGGGCUGCCCGCCCGGGUGACGGGGAGUCCCCGCAGCCGAUAGGCACCGCGCCAGUCCUGCUCGCCACCCGUCUCCACCGGCAGGCUCACCCGGCAGAUCGGCUGGGGUGCUGCCAGGAACGGCUGGCCUGCCCACUGCUCUGCCUCUGCCCGUUUAUAUGGGCAGCCACGGAGGUGGGGCUGAGCUCUUCCCCCUCCACCAGCAUCCCAAGCUGCGGGAGAGCAAGCGCUCGGGGUAGCGAGUAACGGGACCGCGUCCGACUCGCCGGGACAAGAUGGGGAGGAAGCUGGACCUCUCCAAACUAACCGAUGAAGAGGCCAAGCACGUUUGGGAAGUCAUUCAACGUGACUUUGAUCUGCGGAAGAAAGAGGAGGAACGGCUGGAGGACCUGAAAUGCAAGAUCAACCAGGAGAGCAGCAAGAGAGAGUUUCUGACAAAUCAAUCCCACCUCAACGCAACCCACUGCGUCCACUGCCUCCAGCCCUUCAAGUUCCUGCUGAACAGCAAGCGGCAGUGCCUGGACUGCCGCUUCUUCAUCUGCAAGAACUGCAGCCGCUACAACAAGAAGGAGCAAGGCUGGGUCUGCGAUCCCUGCCGCCUCUCCAGGAUCGUGAAGAUCGGUUCCCUGGAGUGGUACUACGAACACGUGCGAUCCCGUUUCAAGAGGUUUGGAAGCGCCAAAGUGCUACAGUCCCUCUACGGCAGGCUGCAGCCGGGGCAGGGGGUGAAGUCCACAUUUCUUGGUCUUCAUGAGAGAGUUUACAGCCUGCCAGACAUUAACAGUGAAUGCCAGCGCCUCACCAGUGUUGACAUUGGGGAAGACAGCGAUGAUGAAGACGAUGUUCUUUGUGGUGCUGAAGCAGAGUGCUACAGCAGAAUGCGCAAGACAAAGCGCCUGCUGUCUGUCCAUCCCUUUGAUUUUGAACUGGACUCGGAGUACUCUGCUCAGUCUCGCCGUCAGUCUGUGCAGCUCUCUCCAGCAGCCAGCAGCCCGGAUGUUUUCCAGUCCUUCCCAGAUUUCCCCAGCUCAGCCGAAGAUACCUCCCAGCAGGAGUCCAGGAUCACGGAUGCCGAUCUGGUUUUCCACCACGUCUUGAAGGAACAGGGACGGGGCGUGAGCCCUCCGGAGCAGCACUUCAGCACAGAGGUUCGGCUCACUGUCAAUUCACGGAGAAGAAGCCUGGAAAGAAAUGCAAAACCUGGCAGCCCCUGGAGUGAGCAGCCCCAGUCCCGCUACUCUGCAGAUAUGGACACUUCUGAUGAGGACGUGAAGGGAGCCCAGUUCCCUGCCUACCCGCCCCAUCACACAAAACGCCGGAACAAAGCCCCCUCCCAGGAAAACAUCAGCCACUCUGGGAAUCAGAUUCAUGAGCUCAACAAGCGUAUGUCUGCAAUUGAACGCAUGCUGAACCGCUUGGAGGAAAAAAUCCUGGUGCACUCUGAGGAGUCUCCAGCCCCAGAGUCCCAACUUGAUCCCGAUGCUGAGGAAGAGGAGUUGAAGAGGAAGCUGGAGGAGUUAGCCAGCAACAUCAGUGACAAAGAAGUCUCUUCUGAAGAAGAGGAGCAUGAAGAAAAGAAGAGAGCAAAGAAACCAGAGAUUAAUUCCUCCAUUGAUGAAAUGGCCAGAGAUGCUCGAAAGAGGUCGUCGGCUCAGGCUUUGAGUGAAAUCACGGCCAAAGUACUGAGAGCCAUAAACGCCACGGAGAAAGCAGUGUGUGAGUCGUUGCAUGGAGAGAGUCAGUGCAAUGGCGGCUGUGCCCUCCCCACGGGGCAGCUUCCCAGCCUGGGAGAUGGGAAAGAGGUGGCCGAAGCAUACCGUGAGCUUGAAGAAAACUUGUACCUGACUGCUGGGAAGACCUACCGGCUUGAGAAGACCCUGAAGGAGCUUGAGGAGGGGGCUCAGCACAGCGGCACUACUGAUUCAGAGCUGUCAGAGCUGGAGGACAAAGUGGCCUCGGCAGCCGCUCAGGUGCAGCAGGCAGAGAGCGAGAUAUCGGACAUCAAAUCUCGAAUUGCGGCUCUGUCCGCUGCAGGGCUGACAGUGAAGUCAUUGGAAAAGGCAAGGAAGAAGCCGAGCGAGCAGGCUGCCUGCCUCUACUCUCCCAGUCCCACCAGCAGCAGUCCAGGGGAGUCUUCAGAUGACAUCAAAGCCAUGCCCAGACCCCAGGGGUUCAGGAGGAAGUUCAACAGUCCCCUCGAAAUCACCGGUCUUGAUGACUCCUUUGACCGCAACUCUGUUUACCGUGGCUCCCUGACACAGAGAAACCCCAAUGGGAAGAACAGGAGAGUGGAGAGGCUCUUUGCGAAGCCUGUGAUGACUCACCUGUCCUGAGGAGAGGGAGACCCUCCUGCCACCGCAUUUCACUGACGAUACAAGACCUCAGCACAAAGCCUCACCGCCUUCCCCCAACACUUGCUCUUCCUUCCCCCAUGCCCAUCUCCCCUGAAACCCUGUACAGGAGGGACGCUGGAGGCCAUGGGCAGGAUGCCUUGCCAGAAGGUGCGGGAGAGAGGAGCAAGGCAUUUUGGCACAGACACUUGGCCAGGGGCUCAUGGGAGAAUGCAGGCAUGAGACCCUGGCUUUGGGCAGCUCUUUGGUACCAGGUCGACAAAGGGGACCAGGGGAGUGCAGAGCAGGAGCAACGUCCUCAGAGGGAGCUGGACAUCAGUGUGGCUAUCCAGCAUGGCAUUGGGGGCAGUGGUACAGCCCUCACCCUGGCAAAAGCUGUCAGUUCCUGUCCCUGCUCUCUCCCAGGUUGGUGCUUGAGUGGGGACAGUUGCUAACAGCAGGGACAGGAUGCCCUUGGGGGUACCCCAGGUAGAGCAGGGACCCAGGCAUCCCAGGCUGGGAUUUGCACCCCAGCACUGGUCCCAACUCCCUGUGAUGUCCCUUGGAGCAUCACUUCCCUUCCCUGAGCAGCAAAGCAGAGUGAGAGCAGUGCUGGCUCCCUCCUAGCAAGCACUUGCCCAACAGAUCUUUACACAAAGCCAUGCAAACACUCACUGAGGCUUCUUGCCACCGUGCCUGAAGCAGCUGUGACCAGCUGGGGACAUGAGUGAGGCGAUGCAAGAAAGGUGGAAGAAAGGCUGGAGGGCUUGUUGGAGAUCGGUUUGUUUUUCCAGUCCUCAAAUGUGAGGCUAUAUCAGCAAGUUUAUGACUCCAGCAAGUAGGGUGUAGGUGCUUCUUUGGAAGCUUUCCCUGCUCUGCAGAGGGGUCAGCUCAUGCCAAGAGGCACUUUGCACGUGAGCAUGUCCCCAGUCCCUCAUGAUGGGACUGUGGAACCUGGUAGUACCACCAGAUACUUUGGAGGGGCUGUGAUGGUCUUUGGAGGCUGUGGUGGCCCUGGGUUCCUACCAGGUGACAGCAGCAUUGGUAACACCCUCCCCUAGAUACCCCAAGUUGCUAGUUUUCCUCCAACAUUUAAUUCUUCACAUCCACUAAUCCUAUUGGAUCAGUACCUGGCACUGUACCCAUGCCCAGGACAUCAGGAUGGGGAGAGGCUUGCUUUCUCUUGCAGGUCACUUUGGAGGAGGUUCGCGUUAAAAAACUUUGCUUGGUACCUGCUGGUUCCUGUUGUUUAUAGCCUUCACCUCCCUCCCUCCACAAUGGGCAAUGCAGGGAUGUCAGACCGAUGCUGGCAAUUUUCCCUUUGAUGGCCACUCAGGCUGGACCAUUUUAGGCCAUUCCUAUGCAUCUGAACUAAAACCACUUUAUGAGCGGUAGUGUGAAUUCUCAUGCAAGUAACACAUAUUUUUGGCUUUGGUAGUAGUAGAGACUGCUAGCUGCCUAGAAAUUGGUUCUGCAGUCCUCCCAGAGCAGUCUUGUAAGUCUAUAGUCUGGGCUUCCUAACUGGGAACAGAACUAGUUUCUUAUUUUAAAAUUAAAUUCUUAUGGCCUGAAGUUCAGAAGGGUUAAGUGCAAACCACUGCCAUUGUAGAAACUCUCCCAGACACCAUGGCAUUGCCGGGUGUAUCUCUUGCUGCUCAGCCAGCCUUGGUGCUAGGGUGGCAGCUCCUUGGCUGGCAGAAGGGAACUCCAUCAAGAUCUUGGCAAAGCUAUGGGUUUGCACCCACCCUUCUGGUGUCAGGGUUCAGCCUUCACCCCAACUACAUCUCUUGCUGAAUCUGGUUUCAGACAUAACUGAAGUCCUUCCAUGCAACCACUCAGACACUUGACCCUGUGAAAAUGUCCUUGCAGUGAGCCUCAGCAGUGCAAACUAAGGCAUCGUUCAGGCUGUAGUUACCCAUAUUGUUAUCUGCUAGUUUCCUGUCUAAUAUGCCUGUGUAGAGGUUACAUAUAUGUACACUAUAUCAUGCAAUAAAGCCAAUUUUGUGUCCAGAACCUAG